ACGAGUGGCCGUUGAGGUUCAAAGUUCACAGAUACAUACAUAACAUACAUAACUAGCAAACAACUUCAAUGCAACCAAACAAAACUCGCAUUGCCAAACUCAUCCUCAAAUUUCAAAUCUGUCUUCAUUCCCACCUCCCAAUAAACACAAACAAAACACGAGAAAAAUCUCUCUCCACUCGUGCAUCCAGAGAGAGACGUAGAUAGAGCGUGUGUGUUUCGUUUCUCCGACGAAGAAGAUAAGGAUGACGGGGCAAGUUGUGGUGACCAGCGUUGGCGGAUGCGGUGGUGGGAAGGGGCGGAGAGCCGCGGAGGACGAGCAAAACCCGGCUUCUCCGGUGGCGGUUCUGUUGGCGGCGCUGAGGAAAUCGAUGGUGGCGUGCAGUGUGGACAGUCCCGACGAUGUAAUCUCCGCCGUCCAUCACCCCAUGGAGAUUGGAUGGCCCACAAACGUGAAGCAUGUUAGUCAUGUCACUUUCGAUCGCUUCAAUGGGUUUCUGGGUCUUCCCCUUGAGCUGGAGGUUCAUGUCCCUGCUCCUGUUCCCAGUGCUAGUGUUAGUGUGUUUGGCGUCUCAGCAGAAUCAAUGCAGUGUUCCUAUGAUUCAAAAGGAAACAGUGUCCCUACCAUUCUACUGCUAAUGCAAGAACGAUUAUACUCACAGGGUGGCCUAAAGGCUGAAGGUAUAUUUCGCAUAAAUCCAGAGAACAGUGAAGAGGAGCAUUUAAGGGAGCAGUUGAAUAAGGGUAUUGUGCCUGAUGACAUUGAUGUCCACUGCUUGGCAGGCCUAAUCAAAGCAUGGUUCAGAGAGCUUCCUUCGGGAGUCCUUGAUGGACUUUCCCCUGAGCAAGUUAUUGAGUGCAACACAGAAGAAGAGUCUGUUCAGCUUGUGAAGCAGCUAAAGCCAACUGAGUCAGCCUUGCUCAACUGGGCCAUUGAUCUCAUGGCUGAUGUUGUAGCUGAAGAGGAUUACAACAAAAUGGAUGCAAGAAACAUUGCAAUGGUUUUUGCUCCAAAUAUGACUCAGAUGUCUGAUCCAUUAACUGCUCUGAUGCAUGCGGUGCAAGUGAUGAAUUUACUGAAGACACUAAUACUGAACACACUGAGAAAACGUGAAGAAACAGCCGAAGGAGGAUAUUCGCCCAUGUCAUAUCGUUCAUCUGAUCGCCAAUCCGAGGGAGACUAUGAUAGUCAGCAAGAAAUGGAUACUAGUGGUGAAUUGAGGGAGACCAAGUCAGAAGAUGAUGAUGAUAAUAAUCAUAAUCAUCAUGUUAACUACAGACCUACAAGUGAAGAGGACGAGGAGGGUGAUGCAUCAUCAGUAAGUGAGAUAGUGGAGUGCUUCUUGAAACGUUUGGAUGAGAAAACAAAAAGAUUCUCGGAAAAACCUGAGGGGUAUUUGCAAGAGAAAUUAGAGAGCCCCAAGAGUUUCUCUUUAGAUAAUAUCUUGGAAUCCACUUUAUCUUUUACUGAAAUAAAAACUGAGAAUUCCUGCUCAAGUUCCUCUUCCGAAGAUGACUCAAGAACAACUCUUACUGCCGAGGAAUCAAAUGCUGACACAAGUAGCUCUUCAAUAGGAAGCACAAGCACCAAUGAUGUGGAGAUGAUCGAUAAAUUUCCAGAUCCUCUUUCUCUUGUUCCACUGUUUGCAUCUAGUUAAGAACUGAAUGUAUUUUAACUUUGAAGCGGUGUUUAAGUACCUUGUCUUAUAUUUUGUCCCUACAAGCAGGGUCGCUUGUGUAAAUUAAUUGGUACACGGGUGUAGGAAAUGUUUGCUUUGUUGUAGAGUGUGUGCAGUGGUUAUGUUCAGUUUAGGGCUGAAUUUGACCUGAUUCUGAUUCUCUAUGUCCCAGUACCGGAUUGGAAGGGGGAGUCUAGGGAGUAGCUAAGCGUAUUUUCAAAUUUCGAACAGGUAGUUUUGAAUGCAUUGACGAAUUGUUAGGGAAUAGGGAGAUUGGUUCAGCAAGAAAUGGUGCUUGCUUUGUUUGUAUCUGUGCAUGAUCAAAAUUUGGAGGUAAUGUAGCAUUACUGGUAGUUAAAUGUUAAAUUCCUUUC